AUGCUCGCUCCCUUCAAGGUGUUUGACGUGUUUGUGGCUUUGAUACUACUUGCUAAUGGAAGCUAUGCUUCGAAAUCCUUCGUGACUACUACAAUUCGACUUAAUGAUACAUCAACAAAUAGUUCUUUCUAUGUCUGUGCUCAUGGUUACCUUGAGCAUUCUACUCUUUCUAUCCCAGCUUCGUUUCUUAUUGAUGCGCGGGAUCUACCAGUUGACGCUGGAAUUGAUGAAAUUAAACUUCGAAUGACCAAUGCCACAAACAAUUUCCCUGAGGUUGUGAAAACCACUAAAGAAUUUUCUCUUAUCUUGCCCAACAAUUGGACUGAUAGGUAUGAAUUGACCAAAAAUUUGGGCAUAUCUGUCAUUAUUUUCGAGACUGUCCACCUGAAGAAUAUUGUAAAUAACAAUGUGAGCUCAGAUGAUUACGCCUUCUUCGUAACCAAGAAAACUUUACAGAAUCUUCUGAAUCUUGUAAAGAAGAAUUCAUUAACCGGAUUCCUGAUGGAUUUCAGCGUACCUCCCUCAUUUAGUGAGGGCUAUGCAAUUUUGGCUUUCGCCAUUCUCAAAAUUCUCAGCAUCACAAGUAUUGUCGUUGCCGGGUUGAUUACCAUAAAAAAUCACCAGAAUCUGGAGCUCAAACGGCUCAUUUUGGUACACAAGAACCGUUCAGGAUCGCGUGUGAACCCCUUCUACAAAGCCUUUGUUCCAGUUCUAUUCAUUCUCGCCACCGUUUGCGUGCUUCUGCUUUCCUACUUUUUCUACGACGUUAUGGUGUACUUCUUUAUUGCGCUGUUCGUGUACGCUGGAGCUGCUGCAAUGUCCUUCGUUUUCACUACUUUGAUCUUCAUGAAAGCGCCAGCUCUCAUUGGUUGGAUCAUGCAAGACAUCAUUGGUGUUUUCCUCAUCAUUCAUAUACUCUGCGAAUUGUCUAUUCACUUGUCUUUCAAGACGAUGUGCUUGGUUUUCCUGCUCCUUGUAUGCUACGAUGUCUUCUUUGUCUUUAUAUCACCCUAUUUUGUUAGGUCUAAUUCGUCAACUGCUUCAAUAUUCGGUUCAAUUGGACAUCAGCCGCCUAGUGAAGCGGGCUCCCCUGUGUUGCCUUCCACUACCCAAAAUGAGGCGCUCUCUCGAUCUCGUCGUGGAAUUGCCGAUCCUGGAACUAGCAUCAUGGAAUCUGUUGCGUCAGGGUCUGCAGGAUCAUCGGGUGAACUCAUGCCUCUCGCCUUCAAGGUCUAUUGGAGUGCAUUUCGAGAUUUUUCGUUCGCGUGUCACAUUGAUCGAGAUUCUAUGAUGCUCGGCUUUGGUGACGUUGUUAUUCCUGGAUUGCUUUGUGUAUUUCUCGCCUUCUACGAUGCUUGUUGGAAAAGAAAAGUGCCAUGGAACUUUAUCUGCUCACUUGUCGGUUAUCUUCUCGGAGGUUUAGUAGUUUGCAUUGUUCUAUUUGGUACCAGAAUGGCCCAACCUGCUCUACUGUACCUCUGCCCUAUAACCCUCCUAACCACCGUUCUCUGCGCCUAUUUCCGAGGUGGUGUCACCGAACUCCGCAAUCUCUGGUCUGGAAAACUGCCUGCACCAAUCCUUAUUCCUGUUGACAAUAGCACAGCUGCUGGAAUAGACCAUGAAGUCAUCUAUCACUCUCCUGAAGAGCAAAAGACUUUGGAUUCUCUUGGCCCUGGAAAUAAGUCUGUGAAUGAAGCAACAGGUGUUUCGGUUUCGGAUGCAGAUGUGGUAGAUAAAGGAACAUUAGUUUUCAUUCAUGGUGUCGGUGGGAGGACGGAAAUAUGGAAAAAUCAAGUUGAACACUUUGUUUCAGAGGGUUAUCGAACAGUGACUCUAGAUCUUGUCGGUCAUGGUUUGAGUCCAUUAAAUGUUCAAAAUUGCUGCUGCAAUCGAAACUUUCCAAUCUACUCACACUCCUCAUCUCUUUCCAUUUGCCUACUUUGCCCUAGCCAUAAAAGCUUAAAAGCAAGUUGCCUCUUUCACGAUUGUGUCCUUGAUGUCCAGGCUGUCGUGGACAGAUAUGUUUUGAAGUAUUACAGAGAAAAAGGAACGCUGAAUUCAGCUUUUGUUCUCCUCGUUGCACAUUCCUAUGGUUCGGCGAUAGCGAUUUGUGUUGCACUGAAUAAUCUGAACCUGGUAAAUGGACUCGUUCUGAUUUCCGGAGGAGCUCCUAUCGCUUUGUCAGGAGAUCCGGGGUUGUUUUCUCUCCCUCCAUGGAUCCUUACAUUUCUAAUCCCGUGUCUUCGAAAGGGCUUCGAAACGAAGGCCUACGCUGAUCGAAGCAAACCCAUUGACCCGGCAGUAUUUGAUAAUAUGAAAAUUUUAACAGCUGAAGAACGCACUUCCGGGUACAAAUUCAAUGCCUACACACUUUGGGCUGUUAUGGCGGGUCAGGUUUGGCCACAAGGAGGUCCCAGUUUCUACAGACAAGUUAAAAUCCCAACAUUGCUUUUAAGUGGGACAGAGGACCGACUAGUCACGUUAGAUGAGGAGAUGGAAACCCACUUUGCAAUUAAAACAUCGAAUAUUCAUCAAAUUCCCGGUUCUGGACAUAUGUGCAUGAUUGAGGAUUCUGAACGCGUAAAUCGCUUUAUUGGAGAUCAUAUACGGAUGAUACGAAACUCGCCUCACACACCCGCCGUAGUUACCACUGAACCCAAUAGAUGA